AUGGAAGGCGAAGAAGAAGAUUAUCCAGGGCUUGAAUCCGGCAAUGGCGGAAUCAACUUGAACGGGAGAAAUGUCGGGGCCGUGAUGGUGGCGCCUAGGGAUGUAGACAUAGCAAGUCAAAGUGGUUGCAGGAUCAACAUCUACGUGAACAGCAACGUUCAAGGGGCUUGCGGUUCGGCAAUGUUGGGUAGCAAGGUCAAGCUAAGAGAUCCCGGUGUUCAUCUCCAUAUCGAAGACGUUAAAAUGACCCGAGACGAUGAUGGAUCUAGAGACAAGGAGAUGAGGUUGAUUAAGGUUGGGUUAUGUUUGGUCUGUCUCUUUAACAUCUUUCUAGGACUCAUUCUCUUACUCUCCUCUUGGUUCCGGCAGAAAACCGGUUCCACGUAGAUCUCCCAUUCAAUCCAUAAUUGUUUCUUCGAAUAGUCACUUGUCUAAGGUCUAAUUCUUAGAUUAUUCUGAAAAGUUGUAUUAUUUUUUACAUUUUUCUGCGUUGUAUCAAAGGUUAUUGUUGUUCCGAUCAUGUAAUUCCGAAGUAGUCUAGUGUAGUGGGCCAAACGUGACGACAGUGUCGAGGCUACCGGAUUCAUUCAUUUCUUUUAUUAUCGAUUCGAGAAUCUUUCAA